AUGUUAAAAUCGCUUCUGGCCUUGGCGAGUGCCAGCUUUGUUUUAUCUGCGUCAGUAUCAUAUGAUCCCCAGCUUGCGCUCAAGUACGUAGCUCAGGAGGAAUUACUCAAGGCCGUCCCCGAAGGCUUCAAUCUUGAUCUUGACGCGAAGCGACUCGUUCAAUUUGCUCCCAACGAGGAGCCAGUGUGGGUAACUGAGCGAGAAAAGAUCAUUGCGAAAGCAAGCUCCGUCAACUUCUUCGACAUCAUUGCCACCUACAAUGCGUCGAAGCGGAUCAAGUCCACUAUCAAGUUACUAUCGACCAAGGGCCCGAGGGCUAAUUUGAGGAAGUUCACAAGUUUUAGGACGCGAUAUUACCGCUCCCUGACGGGCCGCGAAAGCCAGCUAUGGCUGUUAUCCAAGAUCAAUGAGGUUACCUCGAAGACGGCUUCGGAUGAACUGCAAACUCGCAUCACUGUCAACGAGUUUGAGCAUCCCUGGGGCCAAAAUUCGAUCAUCGUCAGGAUAAGGGGGACAUCCAUGUCAAAAGAUACUGGCUCCGUCAUCAUUAGCGCACACCAGGAUAGCACAAAUUUCCUUCCGUUCUUACCAGCCCCUGGCGCUGAUGAUGAUGGGUCUGGCACAGUUACGAUUUUGGAGACUUACAGGGUAUUGUUAGCCGCAAAUUUUACCCCUAUCCAUGACGUGGAAUGGCAUUUCUAUUCCGCCGAGGAAGGUGGGCUUCUUGGCUCUCAAGCGGUAGUGAACGAUUACGUGUCGCAAGGGGCGAAGGUCAAGAGUCAGCUGCAGUUUGACAUGACUGCUUGGGUAAAACAAGGGACCAAGGAAGUAGUGGGCGUCAUUACGGACUUUGUUAAUCCCAAACUCACCUCGUUGAUUGAAGACCUCAUUGAUACGUAUCUAGAUAUCCCUUGGGUCGAGACUAAAUGUGGGUAUGCCUGCUCUGAUCAUGCCAGCUGGAAUAAGGCUGGUAUCCCCUCGGCAUUCGGUAUCGAAUCAGCAUUCGAAGAUUCGAACAAGAAUAUCCACUCCACGAACGACCGGCUGGACAUCUCUCCAGAAUUCAGCUUCGAUCACAUGCUGGAGUUCUCUAAGCUUGGGGUGGCGUAUGUUGCUACUCUUGCAGGGUGGGCUUGA